UCCUACAACUUUCGUAUUGAUUAUUUUCAGUGUGUUUUUUUUUUGGUAUGCAGACAGUCAAUUUUUGGUUGGGUUGGUUCUUUUCCUGCCAAUUCUCUGGCUUUGUGAUUGUUUUGGUGGUCUGCUGAGCUUAUUGUCCACAGUUGACGUUUGCUUUUCAUUGAUCUCUAGUUUGCUUUUUUGCUGGAUUCUGAGGAACCGUCUUUUCCAAUGGCCUUGAGCACCCAAAGAGCCUCUGCAUCUCUUUCGGCUGAAUCGGCUCCUCCUCGAUGGAAACAUGAUGUUUUUCAGAGUUUCAGGGGUGCAGACACUCGCAGGGGUUUUAUGUCUCAUUUAGACGACGAACUGCGGUACCGGCAAACAAUAAAAACUUUCAAGGACGACCGAGACCUUGAAAUAGGAGCAACUAUUUCUCCGGAGCUGUUGACCGCAAUCGAAGAAUCACAUCUUGCCAUCAUUGUUCUCUCCCCAAAUUACGCUUCUUCCACUUGGUGCUUGGAUGAACUCUCAAAGAUUCUUGAAUGCAUGGAAGACACCAAAAGAAUUCUGCCAAUCUUUUAUGACGUGGAUCCUUCCGAUGUACGAAACCAAAAGGGGAGAUUUGCGGAAGCCUUCACUAAGCAUGAAGAAAGGUUUAGUGAAGAAGCAGAGAAGGUGAAACGGUGGAGAGCUGCUUUAAGAAAAGUUGCCAAUCUCUCUGGCUUAGAUUCAAAGAAUUAUAAGUCGGAAGCAGAGCUUAUCAAAGAUAUUGUCAAAUGUGUGUGGAGGAAAGUGCAUCCAACAUUCAUGUUGUCAGGUUCUCCAGAAAAUUUAGUCGGAAUUGAUUUUGCACUUCAACAACUAUGUUUGCAAUUAGCUCCCGCAGAAAAUGAUGUUCGCUUUAUAGGGAUAUGGGGGAUGGGCGGGGUAGGCAAAACAACCCUUGCUAAGCUAGUUUUUGAGAAAAUUUCCCAUCAUUUUGAACUUAGUUCGUUUCUAUCUGAUGUGAGAGAGGUUUCUACAAAACAUGGUACACUAGUUGCUCUACAAAGACAACUUCUUUUCCCAAUCUUGAAGGAAGAAGUCCGAGUUUGGGAUGAAGAGUCUGGAAUAUUGUUCACUAAGAAAUGUUUAUGGAAUAAAAAGGUUCUUCUCAUCCUUGAUGAUGUGGAUCAAUUAAACCAGCUAGAAAAACUUGUUGGAGAGAAAAAUUGGUUUGGUUUGGGGAGUAGAAUUAUCAUCACAACUAGAAAUGAACGUCUACUAGUUCAACAUGAUAUAGCGAUACGAUAUAAGGUCAAUGUAUUAAACAAUGGACAAGCUCUUAAGCUCUUUAGUCGACAUGCCUUUAAGAAAAAUCAGCCUGCGGAAGGUUUUCUAAAACUGUCUCAGCGUAUCCUACAUUGUGCCAAAGGCCUUCCAUUAGCUCUUAAAACUUUGGGGUCUUUUUUGUAUACGAGGGAUCAAGAUGCAUGGAAUAGUGUGUUGCGUAAUGUAGAGAAAAUUCCUAAUCCAACAGUUUUUCAUUCACUCAAAGUAAGUUAUGAUGGACUAGAAGAGAUGGAGAAGAAAUUUUUUCUCCAUGUUGCAUGUUUCCAUAAAGGGAAGGAUAAAGAGAAAAUAGUUGAAAUACUAGACAGUAUCUGGGACAUUUCCAGUCUUAUUGGGAUGGAUAUUCUUAUUGAGAAAUCUCUCUUAACUAUUAAAAAAAAUCAUGUUCGUAGUGACAUUGUGGAGAUGCAUGAUUUGAUACAAGAAAUGGCAUGGGAAAUUGUUCGUCAAGAGUCUGUCGAUGAGCCUGGUAAACGCAGUUGUUUGUGGCAUCCCAACAACAUUUCUCCUGUAUUCAUGAACAAUACGGGAACACCCGCAAUUGAAGCCAUAGUCUUAUGUUUGCCGGAAUCAGAAGUGGUACACUGGAAUUGUAAUAAAGCCUUCUCUAAGAUGCCUGAAUUGAGGCAUCUUGAAUUUGAUAAUGUGAUCUUUUCUUCAGGCCCCAAAGUUCUUCCAAAUUCGUUAAGAAUUAUUCGUUGGAGCUGGUAUCUUUCCAAAUCACUCACACCAAAAUUUCACCCACGCUUCCUUGUUAAACUAGAGAUGCCUCAUAGCAAACUUGUCCGGCUUUGGGAUGGAGCAAAGGACUUCCCAAAGUUGAAAUAUAUUGAUCUUAGUUACUCUCAUAAAUUGGCCAGUACCCCAGAUUUCACACGCGUUCCUAUUCUUGAGGAAUUGAAUCUGAAAAGUUGUACGAAUUUAAUUGAGGUCCACGCGUCUAUUGCAGUUCUCAAAAGGUUGAAACGUUUGGACCUUAGUGACUGUAAAAGUAUCAAGAGUCUCCCAAGUAAAGUGGAAAUGGAUUCUCUUGAAUAUUUCAGUCUUUGUGGCUGCUCAAAAGUGAAAAAGCUUCCAGAAUUUGAGGGACAUAUGAAAAAUUCGUUCAAGCUCAUUUUAAAUGGUACUGCUGUUGAGCAAAUACCUUCAUCAAUCGAAGGUUUGGUUGGCCUUGCUGUAGAGGGUAUGAACAAUCGCAGAAGUCUCUCAGGUCAAAUAGUCUAUAUGCAAAGAUCCUCAAAAUUUGUCAAACUACCAGGGGAGAUGGAGUGUUUAGAGGAGCUUGAAUUAAGUGAAAGUGCUAUGAGAGAGCUGCUUCUUGUUAUGAUAAGUGACAAAUAUCUAUCCUUACAUCGAUCAUCAACUUCAAGGGAUGGCAGUGCAUGGUUUAGAAUUAGAAAGAGUCACCCUGAUCCUGCACCUGAACCUUUGGGUUUGGUGCUGUCUUCUAUGAAUGGUUUAUACUCUUUGACAAGUUUAGAUCUAAGGGAUUGUAAUAUUGGUGAAGGAGUCAUUCCUGAUUAUAUUGGCUGCUGCUUGUAUUCUUUAGAACGUUUAAUACUUAGUGGAAACAAUUUCGUUAGCCUUCCCGCGAGCAUUAGAUUCCUUUCUAAGCUUAGGUCUCUUGACUUGAGCUUGUGCGAAAGGCUUCAGCAAUUGCCAGAUCUUCCGUCAAGUGAAUACUUAUUCGUAGGUGUGGACGACUGUACUUCCUUAAAAAGGUUGUCAGAUCCAUCAAAGUUGAGCGAAGGAGCCAAUGUGUAUGAUUUUAUGUUUAGUUGUCUUAAUUGCUUCAGAUUGGAAGAAGAAGGCUGGAUUAAUAGAAUAUUUGCAAUCAUAAUGAGAUUGGCUCCUGACUCUUACCCUAAGGGAAUUGUAUGGCCUGGAAGUGAAAUUCCAGAGUGGUUCAGUAAUCAAAGUGUGGGAGAUUCAAUAACUGUGGAGUUGCUUCUACCCCCACCUCCACAAUCAUCAUGUAGCAGCGACUGGGCUGGGAUUGCUUUAUGUGUUGUUUUGGAAGAUUCUGAAUAUUUGCGAAAUCAAACCGCCCUUGUUGGAUAUGAUUAUUUCAAAAUUCAAUGUUUGCGGGAUCCGUUGGCGACUUUUAGAGUCGGGCAUCUUAGGUCACAACACCUUUGUGUUUUUUAUUUGCCUCGCCAUCAUCGCAGCCUCAGGAAGGCCUUGAGCAGUCAUCUGUUUUCAUUCGAAGUACAUUAUUGUGCAAACAAAUCUUCCAACAGACUCAAAACAAGCUCGAAUGUAAAGGAAUGUGGGGCCCGUUUGCUGUACGAGAGAGAUUUGGAAGAAUUCAGCGGAAUACAAAAAAUCCCAAAGCCCAAUUGGAAAUCAUCACUUUAUGCAGCACUUUAUGCAGACAGGCCCAAUUGGUGGUAGUGGACUGUAGACUGGGAUUUUGAGCCAAUCAGCAAAAGAUUCAACAAAGUCUAAAUUAUUUUGUGCUUGGUUCAAUCAUUCAAUGAUGUCAGUCCGCAGAAUUCAUCUCAUUCUCUGGAAAAGAAUUGGCAAAGCCAGAGUUGAAGUACUGGGAAUACUAUCCAAGUUCUGUGUAGCUGGUUGCUGUGUGAACUCUGAUCACUUCUGAGGAGACCAACGACAUUGUCGAUUUUGAAGUCAUUGAUGCGUUGGGUCCAAGGGGUGUUCUCAUUAGCAUUGGAAGAGGCCUUCAUGUUGAUGAACCUGAGUGUGUGCACUGUGCAUUGCUGGAUGGUUUCUGCUGAAAUGUUGGGGAAAAAACUGUGCAUGCUUUGACGAUGGCAUUCAACAAGUUUCAAAUCGAGCGUAAGAUUCACCCAAAAGAGAUGCAAAGUUGUUGUAUAUGUCCGUAACCAUGAGUUGGUCAAUUCAGUUAAUGAUGAGGAAAAGCAAGCAAUGUAUUGAUGGUGGCUACUAUUUAAAUUGCUGUGUCAGGUUUUAUUGUUUUCAGAAUGAACAGAUAAUGUACAAAUGCUUGAGACUAUGACAAUCAUGAUAUCUGAAAACAGAUAAGUAAACUGCCUAAA